UGUGUCUCAUAACAUCUUCAACAACAACUAUUACUAGUAGCAAACCCAAUUAAUAUUUCAUCCCAACCAACAAACCUUCCCCUGCUUUUACAAUAUCAUCAAAAAAAGAAAGAAGCUAACAUAACUAAAGCAGCACAAAUAAAAGUACAGAUUAGUUGUACUACCUUUUGAAGAAAAUAAGCGAGAAAGAAAAUGGUGUGUUUUUGCUUCCUAGUAGAUCAAAAGCGUCAAGUAAGGAAAUCAAAACCAGCUGCGGGGACGUGUUCACGGUGCGGUGGCGGUGCUAGCGUUGCCGAUAUGAAGACAGCCACUAGGUUUUGUCAUGUCCCCUUUUACUGGAAGUCUUGGAGAGCUAUUAUGUGUACCUUUUGUGGAUCAAUCCUCAAGUCUUACCAUUGAAAUUCUAAUUUUUUUUUUUUUUUUUAUACUUAUCUCUUGUAACAUGGAUUCGUUAUAUAUAAUAAUAAAAAACAUUCUUUUUAUUUCA